GGGGGAGCCGCGCCGCCGCCGCCGCCUGGGGCCAUGGCGGCGCUGGUGCUGGUGCUGCUGGCGGCGCUGGGCGGCCGGGCCGUGCUGCCGGGCGGGCGCUGCGCGGCGCCGCUGGCCGACCUGCGCUCGCAGAUCUCGGGCGUGGAGACGCUGCUGGAGGAGUUCCGCCGGCAGCUGCAGCAGGAGGAGCCGGGGCCGCCGGCGACGGCGAGCGGCGGCGGGGGCGGCGGGGAGCGGUGCGGCGGCAGCGGCAGCUUCUCCGCCAGGCCCGACUCCAUCAUCCGCACCAAGGACUCCAUCGCGGCCGGCGCCACCUUCUUGCGGGCGCCGGGCGCCGUGUCGGGCUGGCGGCAGUGCCUGGACGCCUGCUGCGCCGAGCCGCGCUGCACGCUGGCCGUGGUGCAGGGGCCCGCCCGCCCUCGGGGCACGGCGGCCGAGCCGGGCUGCUACCUCUUCAACUGCACGCACCGCGGCCGCCCCGUGUGCCGCUUCGCCCCGCACCGCGGGUACAGCUCCUACAGCCGCCGGACGGCCGGCAGCGCCCCGCCGCCGCCGGAAGAAGAAUAUGAUGAGCCUCCACAGUGCAAGGCAGGACAAGAUAUUGUGCUACAGUCACCUGUUGAUUGGGUGCUUUUGGAUGGCCGAGAAAGUUCAGAUGACCAUGGAAUUGUGCAGUAUGAGUGGACACUGCUGCAGGGUGACUCAUCGGUUGAAAUGCAGGUACCACAACCAGGAACACUGAAACUGUCUCAUGUUCAGGAAGGCGGGUAUAUUUUCCAGCUAACUGUGACAGACACUGCAGGUCAGCGGAGCUCUGACAACGUCUCUGUGACCGUUCUGCCCAUGGUUCAUUCCGCAGGAGCCUGUGUUGGGGUUUGCUCUCGCUACCAGUUUAUCUGUGAUGAUGGCUGCUGCAUUGACAUCACUUUUGCUUGUGAUGGUGUGAGACAGUGCCCUGAUGGAUCAGAUGAAACUUUCUGCCAGAAUCUCAACCCAGGUCGAAAGACAGUGACACAUGCAGCUCUUGGCACUACCCAGCAAAGGACUGUAGGACUGACUGAAAACACAGAUGAAAAUUUCUCUGCAGAAAACACCCUGAAAGCCACUGUCAGAAAUCAGCCAGUUCUCUCAGUGGAUGCAGACAUGUCUAACCAAUCGCUUUCUCAGGGACCAAAGAAACAAAUCAGUGGAUUUGUGCCAGAUAACAGUUCCUCAGGGAAAAGAACAGAUGAUACAAAUGGGAAUGGCAUAAUGGUGCCAAAGAGAGAUCAGUUUGGAGGUAGUCAUCCAGUCCCAGAAACAGGUGCUGUGUUACCCUUAGCCUUAGGCUUGGCCAUCACUGCUUUGCUGCUUCUUAUGGUUGCUUGCAGACUGCGCUUAGUGAAACAGAAGCUUAAAAAAGCUCGACCCAUUACAUCUGAAGAGUCCGAUUACCUCAUCAAUGGGAUGUAUCUCUAAAAAUUGGAUUUUGGUCAGUUGUUUUCUCCCCUUUCUCCUGUGUCCAUGAACCUCUGCCUCUGUAACAGGACCAAAAUCCUUAGUUAAUUUUCAAGUGUAGAAGCAGUUUACAAGAUGAGGAACAUAUUCUUCCCCUUCAGUGAUAAUAUAAAAAAGUGAGUAGAUGCCCACGCUCAGAAAAUAAGAAGCGUUCAGGCUCCAGAGAGUAGAUGCAGUUGUGCAGAAGACACUGCAACGUGGGGAGACUCCAUGCUGGAUGCAGGGUGCUCUUGCCCUCCCCACAGCAGCUGGGGUCUCAGCCAAGGCCGAGUGUGCCCCAGGGCCAGGGCACUGGAGCAGCCAAGGCCCAGCAGCCCUGGCACAGGGGGAAGCCUGUGCCAGCAUGCUCUUCUCAGUGCUGCCACUGCUGCGCUCUGCUCUGGAGACUGGGAUGCUCCAACCAAGGCACUACUUCACUGUCCAGCAGAAACCCAUUUGUGUACUUUCCCCCUAAUGCACUGGAAGUGUUUUCAUUAAAGAAUUUGCCUUGCUUUGUUAAUUAAAAGCAAUCACUAUCUAGGCGCCAGCUUUUGUAAAGAAAAUUGGGAUUUAAAGAACAAAGCAUCUUUCUUCCAUUCAUAGUUUAAACUUCUGUGCCGCUAGCAGAGAGAGCCAUGCUUACUAAAUGCUGAAAUGAAAAAAUACAAGUCCUCAGCAGGUGAGCUUGGACCUCCCAGUGCUCAACAGCAGUCAUGUACUGUUGCCCAAAGAAGCUGUGGAUACCCCAUCCCUGGCAGUAUUCAAGGCCAGGCUGAAUGGAGCCCUGAGCAACCUGAUCUAGUGAAUGGCAUCCCUGACUGUGGCAGGAGGGCUGGAGCUGGAUGAUCUUUAAGGUCCUUUCCAACCAAAACCACUAAUUCUGUGUAUGAGCCCAGAGCUGUCUCUCUCCCCAGAGCUCAGGGCUUGUUCAGCCUUUUCUACCCCUAGCCUGCCACCCUUCCACAGCGUGAGAAAGCAGCACACAGCAGUUUUUAUCCAAGAUGCCAGAGUGUAGGAUUCCUGCUGGUUAUCCCAUAGCUCCCUGCAAAGCUUGAAAGCUUUGGUGAUCUGCCCUCAACCCAGAAAAAUUCUCAUAGAAUUAGAGCAAGUAAUUGAUAUGUGUGAGUGAACUUCAGAUGUGUUAACAGUAAAAUGUGUACAGUACAUGUUAUAUAAUACAUAUAUAUACACAAGAAUCGUGCUGUCUGUCUUGUUUGACUGUCCAAGGAUGUCACAUUCCUCAUGGGUCCCAAUAAAACCAGAGUCAAAUGAGGCAUGCAUCUUUUUGUAUGUCGUCUUUUGUACUUCAGUAGCUUCAAGUCAGCACAAAUAUUGCCAUGGUAUAAAAAUAGUUCUUCAAGUUGUUUGUUCUUGAUUACUUUAUGUAAAAUAGCUCCAAUAAACCUAUUUUAUUCUUA